UUUUCAAGCAUCAAACUGAUUUACACGUUCUAGACACGCCAAAACAAGACAAUACUUUAAAAAUAAGUAUGUCUGGUGAUAAUGAACGAAAGUUUACUUUUCAGUAUUUAGAUGGAAGAAAAUUCCCUUCUCUCGAAAGCAAGGAGAAUAAGGAAUUAUUGAUGAAGUGGUCAAUGAAAGGAAGAAUUUGUGCCCAGAUGUUUAGUUUUGACCAACCUUUUCAGUCGUAUCAAAAGGAUGACUUUGCAAAGGAUUUUAUGAAGGAUCCAAAUGUAAUUUCAAAUUUACGCAUGAUAUCAGGGGACAAGUGGACAGUUGUAGGAAUUGCGGCUACCAGUGUAACUGCUGAGGUUGUACCAUGCUCUGUCCUGUCCAUGACUCUCUUUGACAGACUCACAGACAAAGGUGUAGUGAGGGAGUCAGGACACAUCAGCAAAUGUUUUGAUGAGUUUUAUGGAGAGUUCCAGAUCUCAGAUGAAUUAAGAAAAAUGCUGUUAAUUGAUGAUUCUGAUAACUAUUGUCUGUACAGUGAUUCAGAGAGAGAUGAAUUUUUAUUCCGAAUAUUUUUCCAUCUUUGCCUGGGGGGUAGGUUUAAUCAAUUUGAAGAUGAAAUACAACCUUACUUGGAUGUCACCAAACAGAUCUACAAGGAUUUGAUCAGUGUUCAAAAGAAUCCAGAUACCAAAGAUCUCAGUAUUGUCUCCUGUGUGUUCAAGCUCAUAGCAAAAGAUGGUGAAGAAAUGUUUUACCCUGCAAAAGUGGACCACGAAAACACAUUUUCAUAUCUUGUGGUUGACCCAAUUAAAAGAACAGCAGCAGUGUUAUAUCACAACUUUGGUGCUAGUGAAUUUGAGUGAUAUCUUAAUUAAAUUUACAACACAGGUGUCACACCUGAUACCCAUUCAAAGCAGCGGGAAUCUCUCCAUGUUCAGUGUGUCAAGGGAAAUAACUUUGCUCUUUUUUUCAAAUUGGUGUACAAGAGCUUAAUCUGGAGUUAAUAUUCCUUCCUCUGAUUAAGAACCUACACUCUAAGCCUCUAUCUAUAAAGGAAGACUGAUGUUCUGCUUCUUAAUAAUGUCAACAAAAAAUGUUUACAAUCUGAUGGUUGAUAAUAAUUUAUUGAAAUAAAGCACAAAA